AUGUCAUCCAUUAAUAGGCAACCUUCGAAGAAAUCUGCACGUAAUUCUGGAGGAUCAACAUCUCAAGGGUCACAAAGCUCUGGCGGGCCAAGUGUUAAGUUUGCGAGAAGAACUUCAAGUGGGAGAUAUGUGAGUCUGUCAAGGGAUGACAUUGAUAUGUCCUCAGACUUAUCAGGGGAUUACAUGAACUACACUGUUCAUAUACCUCCUACCCCAGACAAUCAACCCAUGGACUCAUCUGUUGCAAUGAAAGCUGAAGAACAAUAUGUUUCUAAUUCUUUGUUUACCGGGGGAUUCAACAGCGUCACUAGAGCGCAUCUAAUGGAUAAGGUCAUUGAUUCUGAAGUCACUCAUCCUCAAAUGGCAGGCUCCAAAGGCUCUCUAUGUUCAAUUUGUGAUGGCAGGGUCAUGAGGGAUGAGAGGGGACAUGAUGUCACUCCCUGUGAGUGCAGGUUCAAGAUUUGUAGAGAUUGCUUUAUAGAUGCACAAAAAGAAUCUGGUAUGUGUCCCGGUUGCAAGGAGCCAUAUAAAGUCGGGGAAUAUGAGGAAGACCUCACAGAUCAGUAUUCUAACAAUGGGGCAUUGCCAUUAACAGCGCCAAAUGGUUCCAAACGUAACGCAAACAACAUGUCAGUUAUGAAGAGAAAUCAAAAUGGAGAAUUUGACCAUAACAAGUGGUUGUUUGAGACUCAAGGUACCUACGGAGUUGGUAAUGCAUAUUGGCCCCAAGAUGAAAUGUAUGGUGAUGAUGGUGAUGAUGCCCUAAAGGAAGGAAUACUGGAUCAAGAGAAGCCAUGGAAGCCUUUGAGCCGGGUAAUGCCAAUUCCAUCAGGCAUCAUAAGUCCUUACAGGUUACUUAUCGUGGUGCGACUUAUAGUAUUGUGCUUUUUUUUACACUGGAGAGUGGUAAAUCCAAAUAAAGAUGCAGUAUGGUUGUGGCUUAUGUCAAUUACUUGUGAGAUAUGGUUUGGCUUCUCAUGGAUUCUAGAUCAAGUUCCGAAGCUUUGCCCUGUGAAUCGUUCCACUGACCUUGAAGCCCUUCAUGAGAAAUUUGAUAGUCCAUCCCCAUCAAAUCCAACAGGGCGAUCUGAUCUACCCGGUAUGGACGUUUUUGUGUCCACUGCUGAUCCCGAGAAGGAGCCACCUCUAACCACUGCCAAUACCAUUCUUUCCAUAUUGGCAGUUGAUUACCCUGUUGAAAAGCUUGCAUGCUACGUUUCUGAUGAUGGAGGUGCUCUCUUGACCUUUGAAGCCAUGGCUGAGGCUGCAAGUUUUGCUGAUUUAUGGGUUCCCUUUUGCCGAAAACACAACAUCGAGCCGAGGAAUCCAGAGUCAUAUUUCAGCUUAAAAGUUGAUCCUACCAAGAACAAAAGCAGAACUGAUUUUGUGAAGGACAGAAGGAGAGUUAAGAGGGAGUAUGAUGAGUUCAAGGUACGUAUAAAUGGCCUUCCAGAUUCCAUCAGGAGAAGAUCUGAUGCAUUUAAUGCCAGAGAGGAGAUGAAGAUGAUGAAGCAUAUGAAAGAGAGUGGGGCUGACCCUUCUGAGCCUGUCAAAGUGUUAAAGGCCACAUGGAUGGCUGAUGGCACCCACUGGCCUGGUACAUGGGCCAGUCCUUCUGGUGAACAUGCUAAAGGUGAUCAUGCUGGAAUACUUCAGGUGAUGCUAAAGCCACCAAGUCCCGAUCCGUUAUUUGGAACUGCAGAUGAAAAGAUUCUAGACUUCACAGGGGUAGAUACACGGUUGCCAAUGUUUGUAUAUGUUUCUCGGGAGAAACGACCAGGUUACGAUCACAACAAGAAAGCUGGUGCGAUGAAUGCAUUAGUUCGAGCAUCUGCAAUUUUGUCGAACGGGCCAUUCAUUCUAAACUUUGACUGUGACCAUUAUAUCUAUAACUGCAAGGCAGUACGAGAAGGGAUGUGCUUCAUGAUGGACAGAGGUGGCGAGGACAUAUGCUACAUCCAGUUCCCACAAAGAUUCGAAGGCAUUGACCCUUCAGAUCGUUAUGCAAACCACAACACUGUGUUCUUUGAUGGAAACAUGCGAGCCCUUGAUGGUCUACAAGGUCCAAUGUACGUGGGAACAGGAUGCAUGUUUCGACGAUUUGCUCUAUACGGAUUCGACCCUCCAGUAGUGGACAAGGACGCUGACAAUAAGAACGAUGGUAAAAGGCUUCAAGGGUCCGAAACGCCAGCCAUGAAUGCCAGCGAGUUUGAUCCAAACCUUGACGUGAACUUACUCCCAAAGCGCUUUGGCAAUUCAACAAUGCUGGCUGAGAGCAUACCCAUCGCAGAGUUCCAAGGACGUCCUUUAGCAGAUCACCCCGCCAUCAAGUUUGGACGUCCACUCGGUGUUCUUAGGACACCUCGCGAGCCACUCGAUGCUACUACCGUAGCCGAAGCCGUAUCUGUCAUUUCUUGUUGGUACGAAGACAAGACUGAAUGGGGAGACAGAGUGGGAUGGAUAUACGGAUCUGUGACAGAAGAUGUGGUUACAGGAUACCGCAUGCAUAACCGGGGAUGGCGUUCUGUGUAUUGCAUAACGAAGCGAGAUGCAUUUCGUGGAUCUGCACCAAUUAACCUCACGGAUCGACUGCACCAGGUUCUGAGAUGGGCCACAGGCUCAGUUGAAAUAUUCUUCUCUAAGAACAACGCAUUCCUCGCCAGCAAGCGCCUCAAGCUUCUCCAGCGUCUCUCUUAUCUCAACGUUGGCAUCUACCCCUUCACCUCCGUCUUCCUUGUCGUCUAUUGCUUCCUCCCCGCUCUCUCUUUGUUCUCUGGUUUCUUCAUUGUCGAAACUCUCAGCAUUGCCUUCUUAAUCUACUUGCUCAUCAUCACCGUAUGCCUGGUUAUGCUGGCCAUUCUGGAGGUGAAGUGGUCUGGUGUGGAGUUAGAGCAGUGGUGGAGAAACGAACAGUUUUGGCUCAUUUCUGGAACCAGUGCUCACUUGGCUGCUGUGGUGCAAGGACUCCUCAAGGUUAUGGCAGGGAUAGAGAUCUCUUUCACGCUGACGUCGAAAUCUGCCGGGGAAGAUGAGGAUGACAUGUUUGCAGAUUUGUACAUAGUCAAGUGGAGCUCACUCAUGGUUCCGCCAAUUGUUAUUGCUAUGACCAACAUCAUUGCCAUUGCGGUUGCUUUUUCCAGGACUAUUUACAGUGCCAAUCCACAAUGGAGCAAGUUUAUUGGAGGUGCAUUCUUCAGUUUCUGGGUGCUUGCUCAUUUGUACCCGUUUGCAAAAGGGUUGAUGGGGAGGAGAGGCAAGACACCCACUAUUGUCUUUGUGUGGUCAGGUCUCAUUGCCAUCACACUUUCUUUGCUUUGGGUUUCCAUUAGCCCACCCCAAGGUGCUGACGGACAAGGUGUAGGGGGAGAUUUUCAAUUUCCAUGAAAUAAUAGUAAUAACUACAUUAACAAUAUUAUUGCUAAUGCUAGGCCUGGUGGGUGGGUGUGGCUCAUGUUUUUAGCUUUUCUUUUUGUCUUAUUCUUAUUAUAUG